CUAUUUUAUUCCGCCAGAGGGCAUCGCACGCAUAUUAUAAAUAAAAAAGUUUUCUUUUUAGAACACACAAAAAUGGCUUCCCAGACAGUCACACGAUUCGGUAUCUUCAUUUGCAUCAUCAUGUUGGUUAGCUAUGUAUCCGCUUCUAUGUCUCGCCCACCAAGGAAUAACGACAUCAACAAUAUGGCAGAUGCUCUGAGGUAUCUCCAAGAUUUAGAUAAUUACUAUGGUGACAAGGCCAGAGUCAGGUUUGGAAAACGGGGACCACUAUUGCUUAGAGAUAGGCUAAUGGAGGAAGCAGCCGCCGAUUUGACUCACAAAGGCAUUACAGCUUCCGAAGAUGAACCAUUCUAAUCCUAAAAUAUACGGCCAAUGAUAAAAACCAAACUAAUAAAACUUCUUAAAAUUAUUAAUUGUCAUUUGAUGUUAAUGUUGAUUUUUGUGAAUACUGUUCAAUAUUUGAUCAAUUUGAAUU